UUAGAAAGCUCCAUCGCUGUCCCAUUGCCGAAAGCCGCGGGAGAGAGAAGAGAAGGAGAGAGAAAGAGAGCCAUUAGCCGAAAACCCACUCUUCUUCUUCUUCUUCUUCUUCCCCUCCUUCCUUCCUACCCAGUCAUCUUCUUCUUCUUUUGCUCAACUCAUUUUCCUCUCUUUCUUCGGAGCCUGUCCUUCUCCUCAAACCCCUCCCGCGGGGCUCCACCGCCCCGACCCGAUCUCUUUCCCCGGCCACCGCAUUCCCCUCUUUCCGCCGCCGCCGCCGCCAGCCGAGCAAAUGUACUCCGCCAUACACUCUCUGCCGCUGGACGGGAGCAGCAUAGUCGGAGCUGGAGCGGGGCACGUGGAUUACCAGGGUUCGUUGGACGGGACCAAUCUACCUGGGGAUGCGUGCUUGGUGCUCACCACGGAUCCGAAGCCUCGCCUCCGGUGGACCGCCGAGCUCCACGAUAGAUUCAUCGACGCCGUUACCCAGUUGGGAGGACCUGACAAAGCGACUCCUAAGACUAUAAUGAGGACAAUGGGGGUUAAAGGCCUCACUCUUUAUCACUUGAAAUCCCAUCUUCAGAAAUACAGGUUGGGAAGGCAAUCCUGCAAGGAAUCGACUGAAAGUUCUAAGGAUGGUAAGAAUCUACCACUGUUUGAAUCUUGUCUGAUAUCUGGUCAUGCAAUAUCUGGCAAACGACUCUUGCUUGCCAGUUGGCACGUCUAAGACAUUGGAGAUUUCCGAACUCUUUCGUUCUAAUGCAUGUUAGAUCAUUGUAUGUGCUCCAUUUCAUUAUAACUACUGAAUCAGCAAAUCAACUUUGGGAGAAUGCGAGACUGAUGAAAAUGUGGUGGUUCUUGGUAUUUGUAGUUGGAAUUGCAGCAUCUGUUGCUGAAAGUCAGGACACUGGUUCAUCAACAUCAACAUCAUCUAGAAUGGCUGCACAAGAUCUGAAUGAUGGUUACCAGGUCACCGAGGCUUUGCGUGUACAGAUGGAAGUUCAGAGAAGGCUACAUGAACAGCUAGAGGUGCAGCGUCGACUCCAACUGAGGAUUGAAGCCCAGGGUAAAUAUCUACAGUCAAUACUAGAGAAAGCGUGCAAAGCUCUAAACGACCAGGCAGUUGCAACUGCCGGACUAGAAGCUGCAAGAGAGGAGCUUUCAGAGUUAGCAAUCAAAGUAUCCAAUGAAUGUCAUGGAAUGGCACCCCUCGACACCAUCAAGAUGCCGUCUUUAUCUGAACUUGCUGCUGCUUUAGACAGCAAAAGUGCUUCUUCCAAUGUGCCUGCUCGGAUUGGUGACUGCUCCACAGAGAGCUGCUUGACUUCAAUUGGGAGUCCAGUUUCGCCCAUGGGAAUGUCUCCACAGGCUGCUGCUGCUAUGAAGAAAAGAUCAAGGUCUGUCUUCGGCAAUGGAGAUUCUCUUCCAUUGGAUGGCACCACCAUGCGUCAUGAAGUUGAAUGGAUGAUGAACAACAUGGCCUGAAUAGCUAGCCAGCUACUGCAGCGUUAGCAUCCUAUAGAAACUGAGCCUCGUUGUUUCUCCCGUCCUGCUCUUCUAGUUCUUUGUUAUAGGCCUCAGAUUAAUUUGAUCUCCUAAGUUAACUGUAUCACCAUCAAAAUGUCUCCUGUAUAGCUUGUGAUCCUUUUUCGAAUUGUAGGAAGUGACUUUUGCCUAUUCGGUUGGGAAGUUGUUACCUUCUGGUUUCUUCGCUCACAAGAUCUUUACUUUCAGUUCACAGCCUUUCUGCCCUGUGGAAAUUUGUCAGCAGAAUCCUUAGCCAACGACUAACCAAGCAAAGCAUGGUCUCAUGUAGACUCUACUAAGCUUUAUCUGAUCUCCUCAUUGAACCCAACAGUCCAUGACCUGGAUUCAUGGUUUGGCGUUAAUGGAACCAGUUGAACAAAACAACGGAUUCCAAUUCAACAGAGCAAGUCCGUAAAGCCUGGAAAUCUUUUGGCAGGCUUGGCGAAGGAAGUACUCAUUAGAUUAGAUUCCCUCUUUACAUCUGCAAGGCACUCGGGCAUCUGCAUCUUUCUAUAAGAUGUCAGUUCCCAGGAAAAG